AUGCCAUCUAAGAAUCCGCCGGUCGGUCCCAACCCCCAACAGGGCAAUGUAGAGGAUCCAAACGCCCAGCCUGCGGGAGGUCGACCGACGACAACCAUUCUGCCCGGUCCUGUUGCUCCGGGACCUACCACAACAAUCAUUCCUCCUGUUGGCGGCGUGAGUUCCGUCGUGUUGCCGUCCAGCUCGAGUGCAGGGACUGGAGGGGACACGGCUCCUCCUGUAACGAACCUCACAGGGGUUGGUGCGCCUCCUACUGGAAACUACAAGGCGCCGCACUGGGUCAUGUACACCGACUUGUCAUCUUUGCCCAAAGAUUCGAAAAUAUUUCCCUCGGCCGCGCAGCUGAAGGGAGUCAACCGUUUCAUCUUGUGCUUUUGGGUGACUGAAAAUGGCGGUGCUUUUGAUAAUCUGCUGGUAUGGAAAGAGUAUCCCCGCGAGAAGCGGAGGAAGAUUUUAGAUGAGUAUCACGCCGCCGGCAUCGCUUUGAUGAUGGCUUAUGGAGGAGAUACUGAGGCCCCCGUAACCAGGGUCACUGAUCCUGUCAAGACCGCGACGGAUAUCGCUGCGUACGUCAAGGAGUACGAACUCGACGGAGUCGACGUCAACUAUGAAGAGCUCAGGGCAUUUUCACUGGGAACCGCGGAAGCUUGGGUGAUCAGCUUCCACAAGACACUUCGCUCGCUCCUCCCAAGGUCGUACCUGAUCUCCCAUGCUCCUGUCGCGCCGUGGUUUACUACAUCACCAAGUUGGCCCGGAGGGGGCUAUCUUACCGUCGACAAAGCGGUAGGAGAAGGAAUCGACUGGUACAACAUACAAUUCUACAACCAGCAAGACAAAAAUCGCUAUGACACGUGCGACAGCUUAUUUAACGCCGCCACAGACUGGGGAGCGGGGUCGGCCGUGUUUGAGAUACACACCAAAGGUGGAAUUUCUCUUGACAAGCUUGUUGUCGGGAAGCCGAUGUCUGCCAAAUAUCAGAUCUCAUCAGGUCUCAUGGAUUUUGCUACCCUGGGGAGCUGUGUCAAAGCAGCCAAGGCGAAGCAGUGGACGGGCGGUGUGAUGCUGUGGCAAAUGGACCCGGCCGAUCUACCUGCGAUAACGACCACCUUUACUGCGAUCAGGGGGGACUCUUGGCCAGUAUAG